AUGACUGGGGCCAUGAGCUCCCAUGAUGCUCCAGCAACUGGGGCUGCGAUCCCAUGUGACAUUCGCUGGAGUGGAGCUAUGAGAACCUGUGACACUCACAGGAGUGAUGCCCCAAGCGUCCAUGCCACUCACAAGAGUGGGGCUGCAAGUGCCUGUGAUGCUCGCAUUCGAAAUAAGAGCAAAGCAUCCAAGGCUGGGUUAUGUGAAGGAGAUGAAGUGAUAUCUAUCAAUGGCAACCCUUGUGCUGAGUUAACUUAUUCUGAAGUUCUUGUUCUGAUGGAAGGCCUGACUGACACUCUUCAAAUGCUUAUCAAAAGAUUAUCCAAUGGGACAAAUGAAACUUUAAGUCUGGAACUAGAAAAUGAAAACCUCACUGACAUUAAAGAUAAGGAAUAUAAAGAAAGCACUACCCUACAGAUCAGAACAGCAAUGCCAAGUCCCCACCAGGAAUUGCAGAUCAUAGUGCCAACUGAGGAAACACUCCCAACAAACAGAGAGCAAACUAUUGUGGAUUUUUCUGGGGCAAAGCAAGAAAUAAUCCCCUGCUACAAAAUCCCUCCCAAAGUGAUCGAAGCCCCUAAAGUACACUCCACGGAGGUGUCUGUUGUCUCUGGGGGCAAGCCUGGCUCUACAGUUGAGUUACAGUUGUCCUUUUCGCCUGACAGGAAUAAAAGCAGCAGUGCUAGGUCUGGUCUGACUGUUGUGGAGGUCCAAGAGAGCAAGCCUCUGGAAACAGGAUCGGUCCUAACACAAGAAGCGACUAGCUGGGUAAAAAAGCCUUCUGCCCAGUGGACAGGCAAGAUAAUCCAGAUUGUUGGUGGCAAAGAGUUCCAAGCAAUUCAUGAAGGUGAGAGAAAGGAACCCUCUCUCACUAAGGUGGAAGUGAUUCUGGACUGUUCUGACCAGGCAAAAGAAGCAUCCAGGUCUCUGGCUGAAAAGGGGUGUGUAGAGUCUCAAGUGGAAGGAGGGCAGUCAGAAGCACCUCCUUCUGUGGUCUCCUUUGGAAUCUCAUCAGAAGGCACAGAGCAGGGGGAAGACGAACAGCCCUCUGAAAAGGAACCCAGCAGACCUCACAAGCACCGGGCAAGGCACGCCAGGCUGAGAAGGAGUGAAAGCCUAUCAGAGAAGCAGGUGAAGGAAGCUAAGUCUAAAUGCAAAAGUAUUGCUCUCUUACUGACAGCAGCUCCAAAUCCCAACUCCAAAGGAGUGUUGAUGUUUAAGAAGCGUCGCCAAAGGGCCAGAAAAUAUACUUUAGUUAGCUACGGCACUGGGGAACUAGAACGUUACGAAGACGAAGGUGAAGAAGACGAGGGUGAAGAAGGUGAGAAGGAGGACACUUUUGAGGUAACUUUAUUUGGCACAAGUGAGUCAGAAAUUGAUGAAGAUUUCUUCUCUGACCUGGAUAAAGAAGAACGGAUUGUGACAUUUGAUUGGGAUACUGGACUACUUGAGAUUGAAAAAAAACCCAAACGUGGGGACGAGAUGUCACAGCUGCUUCCAGAGACCAAGGGCAAAGGGGCACUCAUGUUUGCCAAAAGACGUCAAAGAGUAGACCAGGUCACUGCUGAACAAGAAGCAAUGAAGAUGCAGGGUAUGCAUAGAAUUGAGGCACAUCGAGAGGCCACUUCAACAGAGACCACCCAAAAUAUGAGUUCUUCCUUUUAUCAGGCAAAACAAGAAGAAUCUGCCAGAAUGCAAAAAAGCCAUAUAAGCAAAAGCUACAUAGAAAUGAACCAUAAUCCUAUGACGACCAUUCAGCAAAAUGGCAUCAGGGUUGUCCCAGAGAUAAAUAUGAUAUAUCCACCUCCAGAAGCUAUUAGCUCGCCUACUUCAAACAGAACAGCCAAACCUUUCCCUGGUAUUCAGAACAGAGCAGCAGUUCCAUUUUCACCCCCAAGAAGCAUGGUUACUCUUCCCUCCGAGCUACCUGCCCCACCUCCUUAUACUUCAAUCAGUCCACCAUCUGAAACAUUAUAUAGAACUGUUUUGACUCCAGUGGCCACAAGCAUGAGUCAGUCAACAUUGUGGUCUCCAACAGAAUCAACAGAGCAGAUUGCAUCCAGGGAUGAACGGAUUGCUGUGCCCGCAAUAAGAACUGGAAUAUUACAGGAGGCCAAGAGAAGAAUCACUGCAAAGCCUAUGUUUACGUUUAAAGAAGCUCCCAAAAUGAGUCCAAAUCCUGCUCUUUUGUCCCUCGUACAGAAUACAGAAGGCAAAAAACCUGGUACUGGUGGCUUUGAAUCAGGUCCUGAAGAAGACUACCUCAGCUUGGGAGCAGAGGCCUGCAAUUUCAUGCAAAUCCAGGCAGCCAAACAAAAGAUCCCACCCCCAGUUGCUCCCAAACCCUCAGUAAAGGUUUCUCCUACUGCCACAACACCUAUUUCACCAGUCUGGUCACCUCCAGUUGUGGCUGUUACUCAAGCUCCCAUCUUUCCAGUUCCAAAAUCUCCAGAAGUAAUAAGUCCAGCAGUCAUCAAAGCAGCACAACCAGCUUAUCCCCCUCCACAGCCUCCGCAACCUCCACAGCCUCCUAGUACUCUUAACCUGGAGUCUUCCUUUAAGGGGGCUCAAGUUUCAUCAUCCCACCAAAAUUAUACCCCUAAAACAACACCUCUCACUCCAUUAGGAAAUGCUGUUCUUGCUGGUGGAAUGGGGCCAGCUUUUGAGAUGCCCCCAGCAUUGAGUGGCAAGGGAGCUCAGCUCUUCGCUAAAAGGCAAUCACGGAUGGAAAAGUAUGUAGUAGACUCAGAAACUGUGCAGGCCAAUCGGCCCCAGGCCUCAUCCCCAACUCCAUCAUUACCAGCAUGUUGGAAAUAUUCAUCAAAUGUUCGAGCACCACCCCCUGUGGCUUAUAAUCCCAUCCAGUCUCCAUCUUAUCCUCUUGCUGCUAUCAAACCUCAGUCAAAACAUCCUGGAGCUACCAAAACUACUAAGAAAAAAUCUAAGAAAUUAAGCUCCUUAGAAGUGAUGAAGCAUCAGCCAUACCAGCUUAAUGCAUCUUUAUUUACUUUUCAAGCUCCGUCUGAUACUAAGGAAAAUCUCCUUCCCAAGAUUGAUUCAGUGCCUGCCUUGAAACAAGUUGUACCAUCAAGAGUUCUCAAUGCUGGUUCUCCCUCUAAUGUUCAAGCUUCUUCAGUAUAUUCUGUACCAGCCUACAGCUCACAACCAUUCUUCCCAUCAAAUGCUUCUAGUCCUGUAAUUGAGUCCUAUACAUCAAUGGGCUGCCCUACAUUUUUGAAGCAAGAACCAGCAGCAUCUCCUGUAUUCUCUGUUCCCAGGCCAAAAUUCUCAGCCAAGAAAGUUGGUGUCACAGCACAGGUGUGGAAACCGACAGCUAUUGAAGAGUAAAAUAUAGAUACAACUCACUGUU